AUGGAUGUGGACACAUUCGUGGAUCAUCUCAAAACGACCUUGGCGUCGAGCGGGCAAAUCGUGCACGUGGAGAACAUUCCCGCGAAACCGGCGGCGCGUACGCCUCUCGCGUCAAAGUUGAGCGACGUCACGCUCGCGGCCUUCGCCAGUGCGGGUAUUGAUAUCGAAAGAAAAUUGUUCAGUCACCAGGCGCGCGCGAUUGAAACCGUGCUCGACGAGCGCGAACCGCGAAAACACGUCAUCGUCGCCUCUGGUACGGCUUCUGGUAAAUCGGUGUGCUAUAACGUGCCAACGAUUGAAACAUUACUCGCGGACCCAACGGCGACGGCUUUGUACAUGUUUCCCACCAAGGCUCUCGCGCAAGAUCAGCUACGAGCGCUACGCAACAUACUGUCGAAUAUUCCGAGGAGCGAAGAGACGGUGUUUGAGAUCGGGAUGUACGACGGGGACGUUCGCGAGGACGCACGCACGGAAGUCCGCGAAAACGCACGUUUAAUCAUCACUAAUCCAGACAUGUUGCACGUAAGCAUGUUACCGUCACACAAGGCGUGGGCGCGCGUAUUAUCUGGGUUACGAUAUGUCGUCGUCGACGAGGCACACGCAUAUUCGGGUGUCUUUGGUUCGCACGUCGCGCUCAUAAUCAGACGUUUGCGACGGUUGUGCUCGGAACUCUACGGAUCGUCGCCACAGUUCAUAAUCAGUUCGGCGACGGUGGCCAACCCGCUCGAGCACGCGCGAGAUUUGAUUGGAUACGACGGCGUGCACCCAGAGCGCGAUGUCAUCGAGGCGGUAACAAACGAUGGCGCGCCUCGCGGCGUGAAGACAUUUUUACUGUGGAACCCGAUGCUAAAACCCGGGCAAUCGAAGCAAACGAACACCGAACGCAAAUUUAGACGCGAGACUCUCCUUGCCGAGUGCGUGCAGCACAACCUACGCUGUCUCGCCUUUUGCAAGACGCGGAAGCUCUGUGAGCUCGUGCUCGUGUACACGCGAGAGAUUUUGCGCUCCUCGGCGCCACAUUUGGCCGACAAAGUCGCGUCGUAUAGAGGUGGAUACGAAGCGAUUGAGCGACGAGCGAUUGAAAAGGAGCUAUUCUCGGGUGUCCUUCUCGGCGUUGCCACGACGAACGCGCUCGAACUCGGCAUCGACGUCGGUUCGCUUGACGUGACGCUGCACCUCGGGUUUCCAGGCUCCGUCGCAUCACUUUGGCAGCAAGCUGGUCGUGCUGGUCGGCGUGAAGGGCACGCACUUUCAGUCUACGUCGCGUUUGAUGGCCCUUUAGACCAGCAUUUCAUGCGACAACCGCGCGCGCUCUUUGAUGCCCCGCUGGAGAUGAGUUACGUGUGGGCCGAGAAUCCAACCAUCGUAGAGCAACACCUGGCGUGCGCGGCGUACGAGCGCCCUUUGUUCGCGAAUCCCGACGUCGACGAGGUAUACUUUGGCCCAAAGACGCGGGAAAUCGCUGGAAAGCUCGCACGCAACAAGCUCAUGCGAGAUGCGCGAUCUUUAGUCGCGUGGGAUCUAAACGCCGCCAUCGCGCAACCGCUUCUCGCGGCGACGGACAAGACGCCCGCGCUCGACGUGAGCGUGCGCACCAUCGAAGAGGAACGCUACGAAGUCAUAGAUAUCGGUGGAGCUCGUGAAAAAGUCAUCGCGAGUAUCGAGGCGUCCAAGGCAUUCUUUGAAGUGUACGAAGGGGCGGUGUACACGCACCAAGGGCGCACCUUGCUGUGCACCAAACUCGAUAUCCCGCGCCGUCGAGCAUUCGUGCGUAUGGCGGAUGUGAAAUAUUUCACUCGCGUGAAACAUGAGACGACGUGUGCGGUGCCCGGUGGCAUGCGUGCGUACGAAGAGACGAAAGAUGCGCUGUCGAUCAAAUGCGAUCAAGUCGACAUCCGAACGACUUUCACGGGUUUCUCGCGAGUCGCUCGCGGAUCGCAAGCAAAGUUUGAUCACGAGGCGUUCCCUCCCAGAACGACCGAAUUCCGAACCGUCGGCACGUGGCUUCGUAUUCCCGACGACGUCGUCACCGACGCAUCCGACGCCGGAAUUGACCUUCGCGCCGGCGUGCACGCCGCGUCGCACGCCUUGCUCAACGCGCUUCCCCUAAGCGUUCCAUGCGGCGACGCCGACGUCGGCUGCGAGUGCUUCUCCGCUGACCUGUACCGACACACCUCGCGAUACGCUCCGUUUCGGUUCUUGAUCUACGACCGCCACCUCGGCGGCGUCGGCAUCGCCAAGCGCGCGUCCGCGCUCUUCUCCGACCUCGCUCGCGUCGCCGUGGCUCUCGUCGAGCACUGCGCGUGCGCCCGCGCCGACGGCUGUCCUCGAUGCGUCCAGCGCCUGUCGUGCGACGCGCACAACGCGCACAUCAACAAAAAAGCCGCGCUGUGGCUGCUACGUCGCGUGUUCGCGAACGAUUUGAAACCUAGCGAUUGUGUAGAAUAG